AUGAUGGAAAAAAGUAUUAAGAUACCAUUAUUUAUUAAAAUUUCUUUGUUUAUCUUUUUAAAUUGGACAUGUCAUUUUAAUAAUGAUGUGUGUAAGCCUAACAAAAAUUUGGAAAAUAAUUACAUUCUUGGUAAAAAAUUAUCACUGAAGUCUUAUAGAAUACUAGCAAGAAGUAAAGAGUUUAGGGGUUCAUGUUAUGUAGCUUUGAAUCAAAAUUUAAAAGAUAAUAAAAUACAGGAAGAAAAAUACUUUUUUAAUAACCAAAAAGGUUUUCUAGAAAAAAGGAAACAAUUAAAUGGAAGUUUGUCAAAGAAUGAAAGAUGCAAUAAAAAAGUUAUGAAAAAUAAUUAUAAUAUAUUUGAAACAAAAAAAUAUUCUCGUCUUGAAAAAAAAAUAUUCAAAGAAUUGGAUUACAUAGAUUUUCUUAAAAACGACAGAAUAAUUAGCGAUAAGGUAUAUAAAAAAGUAAUACGUAAAAAAUUCGGAUUACGGAUUUUUAUACCUGUAUUGCUGUUAUUUAUUUUUUUACUAUCGAUCAUACUAGAUUUUUCUGGUUCUUAUGGACUUAGAAAUGGAUUGUUUCAGCUGUUUAAAAUUACUUCAUUACCGUGGCACGGGAAAAUAAAUGGAUUACUGCAUAAAUCACCUAUAGGUGAAUUUUUCAAGGGUGUGGUGAAAGAAUUUACUAAACAAUUGGGUAGUCAGACACAAAAAGUUAGAGUUAUAAAUUAUUCAGUGAAUUUUACGAACUUUUUAAUAUAUUUUAUACCUUUCAUUAUAUUAGGUGUCACACUUAUAUUAUGGGUUUUUUAUUAUCAUAAAAAAGUUAAGAAAUAUGAAAAGAUUAAAUAUGGGAAAAGAUAA